AUGUCCUCCGCGGCCUACGCCCUCGGCCGCUUCGCCGCAUGGUCCUACCUCCCCGACUACGCCACCGCGCAAUGCCUGCGGCUCUACCACCGCUUCCUCCCCUCCCCGCCGCGCCCGGGCACCGCGCAAUACGCGCUCCACUACCGCAUCGCCUUCGCCUGCGUCGUCCUCCUCUUCCUCAGCUACAACCUCGCCGAGGCGAUGCGCGCGCUCCCGCCGAACCUCUACGAGGUGCUCGGUGUGCGCCCCGAUGCGGACGAGCACGCGCUGAAAUCGGCGUUCCGCGCGUUCGCGAGGCGCGCGCAUCCGGAUCGCGUGGGACCCGCGGGGGAGGGGCGGUUUGUGCAGGUGCGGGAUGCGUUUGAGGCGCUGAGGGAUCCGGUGCGGCGGUUUUCGUACGAUCGGUUCGGCCCAGAGGCACUCACCUGGAGCCACUGCGCGACGGUACGGGAGUACCUCCGGCACGGGCUGAUGCAGGCGAGCGGGUUCUACAUCGUGAGCGGCGUGUUUCUGCUGUUCUUGUCGGCGGUUGGGAAGCCGAGUCCGGUUGCGUUCGUACGUCCCCCGCCUUGCCGUUUAUUUAGUACCUGCGCUGACGACGACAUGGAUUAGUGGCGCUACCUCCUCCUGCUGAGCCUCGUCGCCUCGGAGCUGUCCUUCCUGCUCGGGCCCUCGCCCUCGCCCACGUCCUCGUCCCACUCCCACUCCCACUCCCUGUUUCUUGAUGACCCGGCGUCGAGCUCUCACUCGCAGGGGAUUCUGGCCAGGCUGUUCCCGCGGCGCGUGGCGUACCAGCACGUGCUGUUCCUGCACCAGCUGUUCCUGUUCUGCUCGGUGGCGCUGAGCCGCGUCGCGCCGGUGGUGUUUCCGCAGGGGGCGGAGGUGGGGG